UCCUUAUUUUUAAUCAAAUAGAUUUUUAACCAUUUUUGACAUAUUUAUGGAUUUUUACUAACGAUCAUGAAUACAUAACUUUUCUUUUAAUGAACCUUAGUUAAUGCGUCCUUGGUGGUGGAGGUGGUGGUGUCCUCCUUGGUAAUGGAGCUGAAGGUGGAGGUGGUGGUGGUGGUGUCCUCCUUGGUGAUGGAGCUGAAGGUGGAGGCGGCGGUGGUGGUGUCCUCCUUGGUGAUGGAGUUGAAGGUGGAGGCGGUGGUGGUGGUGUCCUCCUUGGUGAUGGAGAUGAAGGUGGAGGUGACAAGGGUGAAGGUGAUGGUUCGUUCAUUGGUGGUGAGAAAGAUGGAGGUGAAGGUUGGUCCAUUGGAGGUAAGAAAGGUGGAGGUGAUGGUUCAUUCGUUGGUGGUGAGAAAGGUGAAGGUGAAGGUUGGUUUAUUGGAGGUGACAAGGGUGGAGGUAAAGGUUGGUUCAUUGGAGGUGACAGGGGUGGAGGUGAAGGUUGGUUCGUUGGUGGUGAGAAAGGUGGAGGUGAAGGUUGAUUCAUUGGAGGUGCUAGGGGUGGAGGUGAAGGUUGGUUCAUUGGAGGUGACAGAGGUGGAGGUGAUGGUUCGUUCAUUGGUGGUGAGAAAGGUGGAGAUGAAGGCUGGUUCAUUGGAGGUGGCAGGGGUGGAGGUGAAGGUUGGUUCAUUGGAGGUGACAGGGGUGGAGGUGAUGGUUCGUUCAUUGGUGGUGAGAAAGGUGGAGGUGAAGGUUGGUUCAUUGGAGGUGACAGAGGUGGAGGUGAUGGUUCGUUCAUUGGUGGUGAGAAAGGUGGAGAUGAAGGUUGGUUCAUUGGAGGUGGCAGGGGUGGAGGUGAAGGUUGGUUCAUUGGAGGUGAUAGGGGUGGAGGUGAUGGUUCGUUCAUUGGUGGUGAGAAAGGUGGAGGUGAAGGUUGGUUCAUUGGAGGUGGCAAGGGUGGAGGUGAAGGUUGGUUCAUUGGAGGUGACAGAGGUGGAGGUGAAGGUUGGUUCGUUGGAGGUGAGAAAGGUGGAGGUAAUGGUUGGUUCAUUGGAGGUGACAGAGGUGGAGGUAAAGGUUGGUUCAUUGAAGGUGGGGGAAUUGGAGGUGGUGGAGGCGCCCUCAAAGGUGGAAGUGAGACUGGCGGAGGUGUGUUUAGACGUGGUGGUGGUGGAGGACUCCUUAUUACUAAGCAAGUUUUGUUGAUACUUAAAGGAUUAUCAAGACAGAUGCCAUUUAAACAAAUGAGUUGGGUAAUGCAAUCUUCUCGCCUUUUACAUUGUUUAAAACAACCCAAGAGAGCAUUAGUAGGUAAUGAAGAAGAUGUAAUUGUAAAUGCUAAUA